UAAGGAGAACGACCUAAAGGGGUGGAGUUUAGAACUAGAAGGCCUGGGGGCGAGGAAGAAGACCUCCGAGUAUCUCAUGGGGAGACUCCGGUUCGUAAGGGGCCGGGCUCCCUUGGGCUCGCAGGAGGGCGGGGCCUCGAGCUCCCGGGGCGGAGCCUAGAUCUUGGGGGUCUGUCUUUGCUGUCACGCCCACUUGCCUUCACCCGCACCCCCGUUCUUUUCGGUUAUUUUCUGCUACGGCCGUUCCCUGCCCUGCCCCGGGCCCAGGGGGCCGUGGUCUGAACUCUGGUCGGCUGGAGGACUCGGUGAGUGGCCUCCUCUGGGCGGAGGCGGGGCCAGGGCGGAGCUUGGGGACGGGAGGAGCUUGAGUGUGGAUGCUUGCUAGUAGAUAGACCUGGAGCGGGAAUAGGCUUAGGAGUGAGACCUGAGGAUCUGCCGCUGCCUGGGAAGAGGGUGGGACCCAGAUGAUCCAUAGAGAGGUGGGAAGUCGGAGAGUUAGAGGAGACGACUGAGGGAUCAGCGUGACCAGCCAAGGGGACAGGCAUGAAACCUUAGUAUGUAAAGGGGCUGGGACUGAAGUAUCUGCAGCAGUGUUGGGAACAUGAGAAAGAAGGCGUGAGUGUCGAAGGUCGGGGAACAGGAGGGCGACCUAAGGACUUGGGCCUGAGAGGAUCUUGGGCGGGGCCGGUGCAGAUACAUUAGACCAAGUACAGUCAGCCUCGUAGGGUCCCCACGGCCCUGGCAGGCUGACUGGCUUAAGUUUUUCUGACCAGUCUCCGAGCUCCGUCAGAAAUGGGGAACAUGCAGUCGGAGCCGUCCGCGGGCGGGGGCUCCCGAAAAGAGCAGGCCUCGGACCGCGCCCCCGACUCCCGCCGGACGUCCCUGGUGGAGCCCGAGGUGACCUCCCAAGCCAUGCGCCUGACUCGCGGGCUGGGCGUCUGGUUUCCUGGCAGCUCCGCACCCCGGGGACUCCUGGUACCCGGGGAGUCCCAGACCUCACCCUCGACCCUGCCCCUCACCUUAGAACGGCCCUCUCCAGUGAUGCCCCCUCCUGAAGAGGCGGCCGCGGUCUCCGCACCAUCCCUGGCCCCCGCGGGGACCCUGUUGCCCGGCCCGUCUAAGUGGCAAAAGCCCGCGGGCACUCCAGCGCCCCGGAUCCGCGGCCUGCUGGAGGCAAGCCAUCGCGGCCAGGGCGACCCUCCAAGCCUCCGCUCGCUGCCGCCGAAGCCGCCACCGCCACCACCCCGGCAACUAUCCGUGAAGGACACUGUCCCGAGGGCUCCAUCCCAAUCUCCACCUUCCCUGGAGCCGUGGAAGCCGCCACCACCAUUACCUUCCGAAUGGCAGCCCGCAGACCGUAGAAUCACUCCUGCUCUGGCCACACCCACCUCGACCCCCACAGAAAGCCAGGCUGGGGCCGGCAGCCAGGGCCAGACGACCGGCAGGGCUCGCGGAGGGGCGCCUCCCCAAGCAGGCGAAGGUGAAAUGGCCCGGCCUGCGGCUUCCGAGUCCAGCUUGAGCCUGCUGUGCAAAGUCACCUUCAAGUCGGGGCCCUCUUUAGCCCCUCCGGCAGCCUCGAGUUCCUUAGCAGCCAAAGCUUCGCUCGGGGGCGGCGGAGGCGGCGGCCUCCUUGCUGCCUCAGGUGCCAUCUCUUACGCUGAGGUCCUGAAGCAAGGGCCCCUGCCUCCUGGAGCUGCUCGCCCCUUGGGAGAGGUUCCGCGAGGGGCACAGGAAGCCGAGGGAGGUGAUGGAGACGGCGAAGGGUGCUCUGGUCCUCCCUCGGCGCCUGCGUCCCAAGCCCGGGCCCUACCGCCGCCACCCUACACCACCUUCCCAGGCUCGAAGCCCAAAUUCGACUGGGUGAGCGCUCCCGACGGCCCUGAAAGCCACUUCCGCUUCAACGGGGCUGGCGGAGGCAUCGGGGCGCCGCGACGGCGCUCGGUCCCACUCUCUGGGCCCUGGGGUUCCUCUCCGCCACCACCAGGGCAGAUGCACUCAGCUCCCGAGCCCCGGAGGCCCGCACCUGCCCUCCUGGCGCCGCCUAUGUUCAUCUUCCCGGCACCCACCAAAGGCGAGCCCGUGCGCCCAGGGCCUCCAGGCCUGCAGGAGUUACCACCAAUGCCGCCGCCCACGCCACCGCCCGCGCUGCCGCCCACGCCGCCGCCCGCGUCGCCGCCGCCCACACCGCAGCCACCUGCGCUCCAGCCAACGCCGCUGCCUGUGGCUCCCUCACCCACCCCAGGUCCGGGCUACGGAGAGUCAGCCCUGGCUCCCACCCCAGGCCCAGGCCAUGCAGAAUUAGCCCUGGCUCCCACCCCAGACCCUGCUCUGCCCCCAGCCUUAGCCGCCGACCAGACUCCGGCCCCGGACCCAGCCCCAUCCCUGGCUCCAGCUCCCACCAUGGCUGAGCCCUCGCUGCCCGCGCUCGCGACUGCGCCCAAGUCCCGCACGCGCAGGAACAAAGGUUCCCGUGCAGCCCGGGGCACGACCCGUGAGGAUGGCUUGUCUGGAGAUGGUCCUCGCGAACGACCUACAGCUACUGUGCCUGACAGCAGCGGUGGAGGGGGUGGUGGCAGCGGGGCCUCUCAGGCUGGGGCAGCUAACACCGGCGCUGCGCGCCACUGGCCGCCCUUCCAGGUGCUUAACUCCUGUCCCUGCAAGUGUUACUGCCGCCACCAGCCACGCCAUCGCCGCCUGCCACGCAACGUCUCUGCCUGGCUGAGCACGCCCACCAACCACCUGAGCGAGCCGCCCUGGGUUGCCACCAUCAAGCUGGCUGGCUCCUUGGUGGCUGGGCUGGAGCACUACGACCUGCAGACCACCCACUCCAACUGAGUGUAGUCGGGCCAAUGACCUCCACCUUCCUCUCCAUGCCAAUAAAAUAACCAACCCAGAUGGCAG